GACUUAUGAUGACCGUUCAACUUUUGGGGAAUUUGAUAAACCCUGCAAAACCCUAAAUUAAGUAUUUUUUGGGAAGAAUCAAAAGCUCACAAUAUUUGGAAGAAUCGAAAGCUCAAAAUAUCUAGCUUCUAUUCCAGAAUUACAAUGGAGGAACAAAUUAAGAAAGAAACAAAUGGAACCCAGAUGGAGGAAAAGGAAAUCGAAGAUACCCAAUUGAAUGAUGAUAGAGAUUCAAACUCACAAACUGAGGUUGCACCUGCUUUAAUUGCUCAUCACCCCUUUGAUCAAUCUGUUGCAGUAGCUGUUGGGUCUGAGCUCCGCGUUUUUAAUCUUAUAAAAAAUUGUUCAGUCUCUCUGGCAGAUGAAUCCCUAGAGAUGCUUCAUAGAGAUUCUAUUAGAGCUGUACGUUUCAGUGAAAAGGGGAAGCUUUUGGUAUCUGCCGGUGAUGACAAGCUUGUUAAGAUAUGGAGUACGGAAACUUGGCAAUGCCUCUCUACCGUAAACUCAGAGAAGAGGGUAAGCGCAGUUGCUGUUAGCAAAGAUGAACAAUAUGUCUGUUUUGCAGACAAGUUUGGAGUUGUAUGGAUUGUGGAUCUUGUGGGGGUUGCCGAAAAUCAGCAUGUCUCGAAUAAAAAGGCUGUGGCAUUAUUUGGUCAUUAUUGUAGCAUCAUUACAAGUCUGGAGUUCUCGCCUGAUGGACGGUUCAUAGUCAGCGCUGACCGAGAUUUCAAAAUUCGUGUUAGUGUGUUUCCCAAGAACCCUUUGAAAGGAGCCCAUGAGAUUCAGAGUUUUUGUCUUGGUCAUUCAGAGUUUGUGUCUUGUCUCACUUUUGUUCACAACUCAAAUCUCCCAAAGGGCUUUCUUGUGUCAGGAAGCGGUGAUUCAAACGUUUGCUUAUGGGAUGUUACAUCUGGGUCGCUUCUUUGUACAACUGACGUUGGAAAAGAGGCGAGCCUAUCAGAGGAAAGCCAUCCUGCUGUCACUGAUCUAUGUGGUGCUGCGAAUGGGUCAUUAGUCGCAGUUGCGAUUCAGAGCUUGCAGGGGAUAUUACUAUUGAGUUGUGACCUCGCAGCUGGAAGACUUUCCACCCUCAAGGUGGUUUUAGUACCAGGAGAAACAUUUAUCCCUACCCGACUUGGGAUGGCAUUGUCCGGAGACUUGUGGAUGAUCACAGGCGCCUCUAAUCUAUCCGGUUCAAAAGCUUCAUCCUUUGCACGUAUCAGAGUUUUGUCGGGUCUCAAUAAAACGGUUAGUGAAUCGGAUCUUGAGCCUAAAGUAUUAGAAGAUCAAGAGAUUCCUGGCGGAGAGCAAUUACUAGAGAAGUUGCAAGGCAGUAUUUCUGUAGAGAGUGCAAUUUUCUCGGCUGCUGCUGAUGCCGUAAAUGCUGCAAUGAGCAAUCUGUUGAGAAAAAAACAGUAUUCUUAUGAAAAACGUGAGUUCAGAAAGAAGACCAGAAAUGAUAAGAAAAACAAACACUAAAGAGAUUAUCAGCAGUCGAAUUUUAAUGAAGUUUUGCUCAUAGUUACGAGCUCGAGGAUUAUAGUUGUCAACAACAAUGUCAAAGCCUUGAUCCCGGCAAUAGAAGGUUAGUUUGUUAGUCCCUUAUUCAUAUAGACCGUUAUGAACCGUUUCAUUUAAUUUCAUUACAUAAAAGCUUUUAGACGAUUAUUCUUUUGUAGUCGAUGUAUAAUCAAGGUGAGAUUUAUGAGAUCUUUUGAUUGCUAUUAUCGUUGUGUAUUAAAUCAACUACAGUUAACUCUUAAACUGAUGAUUUCUCGGUGAUCA